AUGGCGAAAGCAAAAGGACUACUUUGGAAUGGAUUGGGAGGAGUAAGUUUGCUAGGAUUCGCUUCACCAAAUGUUGCUUUAAGUCAAAUGAUAACAACUUUUGCAUUGGCUGGUAUUGUUGGCUAUCACACUGUUUGGGGUGUUACUCCUGCGCUUCAUUCUCCUCUUAUGUCAGUCACCAAUGCAAUUUCUGGCAUAACAGCUGCAGCAGCAUUGUGUGUGAUGGGAGGUGGUUUAUUUCCUAGUGAUGUUUCACAGUCAUUAGCUGCUGGAGCUGCCUUCUUUUCCUCAAUUAAUAUUGGUGGAGGAUUCUUAAUUACGAAACGAAUGCUCGAUAUGUUUCGAAGGCCGACUGAUCCUGCUGAAUAUAACUAUCUUUACGCCAUUCCUGGGACUGUUUUUCUUGGUGCUUAUGGAUAUGGCUUCAUACAUGGUUGCCCCGAAAUCCAUUCUCUAACUUACCUUGGUUCAUCUUUGUGUUGUGUUGGAGCAUUGGCAGGAUUAUCCACACAAAGCAGUGCACGGCUUGGAAACUGUCUUGGGAUGAUUGGUGUCUCUGGUGGCAUGGCUGCAACAUUAGGUCAGCUGCAACCUAAUUUGGAGACACUUAUUCAGAUGGGAGCAGUUAUAUCGUCAGGAAUGCUUAUUGGUCUUGGAAUUGCGAGCAGAAUUAAAGUAACCGAUUUGCCGCAGCUAGUCGCUCUUUUCCACAGUUUUGUUGGAGCUGCAGCAACAACAACAUGUAUAGCCGAUUUUAUGGUAGAAUAUCCGCACUUUUUAGCUGAUCCUGCAGGUACAGCAGCAGUAAAGACAGCGCUGUUUCUUGGUGCAUAUAUCGGUGGUGUUACUUUUACGGGAAGUUUAAUGGCUUACGGAAAACUUCAAGGUAUUCUAAAUAGUGCUGCAGUAUAUUUACCAGCUCGUCAUUUGAUAAAUAGUGCUCUUGGAUUGGGCAAUAUUGCAGCUCUUGGCAUUUACAUGGCCUCAGGAGAUAAGAUGAUGGAUUUAUCUAUGUUAGGCACCACGUCUAUUUUAAGCAGCAUUAUGGGAAUUACUCUAACGAUGGCUAUUGGUGGUGCCGAUAUGCCGGUUGUUAUUACUGUACUUAACAGCUAUAGUGGAUGGGCAUUAUGUGCUGAAGGUUUUAUGUUAAAUAAUGAUCUUUUGACGAUAGUUGGAGCUUUGAUUGGUAGCUCCGGUGCUAUUCUUUCAUAUAUCAUGUGCAGGGCUAUGAAUCGAUCACUGAUAAAUGUGAUAUUGGGUGGAGUCGGUACUAAAUCACAAGGUACUGGCCAGGCUAAAGCAAUCGAAGGAACAGCAACUGAAGCAACCUCACAACAGGUAAUUGAUCUUCUUGGUGAUGCCAAAAAAAUUAUUGUGGUUCCUGGUUAUGGACUUUGCGCUGCACAUGCACAGUAUUCUAUAGCAGAAAUGGUCAGUUUGCUACGAAAACGAGGAGCAAAUGUUCAAUUUGCUGUCCAUCCAGUUGCAGUACAGUACAAUGCAUUCUCAGGUCGCAUGCCAGGACAGUUAAAUGUCUUAUUGGCUGAAGCAGGUGUGCCUUACGAUAUUGUAAAAGAAAUGGACGAAAUUAACGAAGAAUUCCCAGAAACUGAUGUAGCAUUAGUAAUUGGCGCGAAUGAUACAGUGAACUCAGCUGCUGAAGAUGAUCCAAAUUCGUUGAUAGCUGGCAUGCCUGUACUUCGCGUUUGGAAAGCUAAACAAGUCGUUGUGAUGAAAAGAACAUUAGGCGUAGGGUAUGCGGCGGUAGACAAUCCAAUAUUUUUCAAUGAUAAUACAUGGAUGCUUCUCGGAGAUGCUAAAAAGAAGUGUGACGAACUGUUGAGUGGAAUAGCUGCAGUCACAACCAGAUGA